AUGAAUGACCCGGCGAAUCCAAGAGCAAGAGCGAGUGUUCUAUCCAUCUUGUUCUUUGGGUUGAUGAAUAACGUGUUGAAACUAGGGAAAAAGAAGUCGCUUGGUGAUCAGGAUCUCUUUCCACUCCUCGAAGACCAAAAGGCUGAGUUGCUCGUGAGCAGAGCAGAAAGGUGUUGGCUUAGUGAAUUAAGAAAAAGCCAAUUACAAACCAAGAAGCCACGUUUGUGGAGAGCAGUGAUCGCCUUAAUUCCUUGGAAAUAAGUCAUAAUUUUACAAAUGCUGACGUCUUUGAGUUAUGUCCUGCUGCUCCUGAGUCUGUGGUUCGUGCUGAAAGCCCUAAGUGAUGGGCCAGAACUAGACACGAAUGUUGCGUUCAUCAGCGUGACACUCUUAGGGGCUAUGAGUGUGGUCCCAGCUUUAGCAACACAGCAGUAUGACCACCUUACGGAGUUGUGGGGCUUGAAGCUGAAAGUGGCAUUGAUAGGAAUCGUUUACAAGAAGGUGAGACCGUUUCCUUGGUGAGGAUAGAACACACUUUUGAUAGGCCUAUCGUCGGUAUUGUUUUCCACUCUAAACUCUGAGAGCUUCUGCUCGGUUUUGGUCUACUUUGCUCAUCUUGAAGGCAAAUGGAGAGGUAUGCGUUUUAGGCCUGCCUGAGGCUCCUUACACUUUUAUUGUAUGUCGUCCAUGGUUUCUACUCAACUGUGAUCUUUACUUGCGAUUAUAAUGAGAUGGGCGAGCAAGCAGAUCUCAGUAGAAGAUUCACUCAUUGAUAAUCUAACGGGCAGUCCACCGCGGGCAAUCACAGAUGAGAAACAUUACUCCUCUUAAAGAAAAUAUUAGCAAGAUUUUACCGAAUGUGGAGUAAUGUGCUGUAGAACGACGUUUUGGAGAGAUUUGAAUUAUUUACCUCUUCACUGAAUACGUUGUUUCGCUUCGAUCUCCCCACGUUGAAACUUAAGGCUAGCCUGGCACACCUCCUAUAUACUUAUUUGACCAUGUGUGAAAAGCAUCAAUUCAUAAUUGUUUUUUUUUCUAGAUUCUGUCAAUGAAUCGUUACUGCCUGGAAAAUACAGUACUUGGAAACACCAUAAAUCGAACGCAUAAUACCUGUAGCUGUGAUCUUUUAUUGUUACUAUCGCAGUUUGAAAAUGUCAUUUAAAAGCCAGGACAAAAUUCCAGCUUCUAGCUCUAAUCUGUCGGCUUGCUAACUUGCUAAAAUGUAAUUCAGUUUGCCUAGAGGCCCAAAGUGUAAAAUCCAAAGGAUUAAUUUCCCUUUGAAUAUUGUCUUAGCGGAUAGAGUCAAAGAAGAUUGUCCCACUUUGGCAAAGCUGCGAGACUUGGCACAGAAGCUUGACAAGUGGAACCCUCUUAGGCGUCAUUUGCUUCACAUGGAUGAGUCCAAAAUUGAACAUAUUAAGAAAAAUUCAGGCCUAUACGGGAUUUGAACCCUUGACCUCUCCGAUACUGGUGCAGUUCAAAUAUAUGAAUUUCAUAUAUUCACAGUCGUUUAUUCACCACUUCACGGGUUUAUUUGAUACCAACAUAAUGUCCAGCUCCCAGUGGGCUUGUUAGCUCAGUUGUAGAGCACUGCAUCGGUAUCGCAGAGGUCAUGGGUUCAAAUCCCGUACAGGCCUGAAUUUUUUUCAGGCCUUAUUUUCACUACUGUUCAAGUAGUGUUUAUCCGCAGUUCUUUCAUAUAUUCACAGUCGUUUAACAGUUUUGUUGUUUUCAAACAAAGCCCGAUCGAUUUUGGGCUGGAGUUGUGACAGGAUUAUUCACGAACUGAAUAAUCCACGAGCGAGUAGAUAAAGUAGAUAACAAACUUAAUGGUUAGUAAGAUAUAUAAUUAUCAAACACUUUGCGAAAUGAUAAAAGGCUUUGAACUGAAUUUGAAACAUUUAUCCGAACAAUCAGGGUGGAAACCAAACUUAGAUUAAAGAAUACUUGCAACGACGUCUUCAAAAGUAGAGAGAUCAUCCUCCAAAUUCAUGCGCUACGCUUUCUUGCUCUCUCAAUGUCACGUUUCGUGUUACAAUCGCUUAAUAAUAUCUGUUUUUGUGGUUGAUAAUUGUUGUAAUGAGACGAGCAAAAUCUACGCGGGUUAUGAAUGAACCCCUAAAAAUUACAUAUCUAAAUAACAUCUCGGUCUGAAUAUCUCAAUAAAGUUAAAUGAAAUGUUAAUCGACGCAUUUGUGAUUUUUUUUUUUAGCCUUCAUGAGUUGUUUAAAGCUUCUUUUCGCGAAAUUACUUUCAGCCGGAGGCCGUUAAGAGAAGAAAGUUGCCGCCAACAACAACCUCCCGACAGUUGCUGAUCUGUUGUUGAUGCUCUAUGUCUUCGCCUAAUUCGAGCUUUAUUCCUCCAACGUUUUCCGAAAAAAUCGAUCCUGAAAUGAUGAAUAUAGCUUUCUCAAUAUGAUCGGUGCUGCACUGUAUGAUAAAUUUGAAACGUUCUGCGCGCUUAGAAUUCCUAUGAUCGCUUAAUUUGGUCUGCCUGUUCUGCAACGCGAUGGUCGUAUGUUUACUGAGUUUUCUCCCGCUUACAUCUGAUAACAAACCUUAUUAGUUUUCUGCCUCGGCAGGUUAUACCUUAGAAUGCAAUUUAUGUGAACAAAAGUGUUUUUGACUGAUAGAAAUUUAAGGUAUUAGGUAGUAAAUUGAACGAGUUUCUUUUACCUAAGAAGAGCACAGGAGUAUUUUCGUUCGCAAAAGUAUUUCUGACCGAUCCAGCAUUCAACGUUUACAUGGGAUAAUUUAUUUUAUCAAUCAGCCAAAAACUCUAACUGUCCCUACGAUUCUAGUUUCAAAUCGGAUCGUAAACAAUUGAAGCGAUUUACAGCGUUGCGUUUGGGCCUGAACUCCCCAUUUUGCACAACAGUUCUAGGGAGAACUCAAAACGCUCUUCACUUUAACAAAACCGUGCAUUUUAGUUAAGGAGAAAAAAUAAUUUUCCAGCACUGAACCCAGUGACCAAUUGAUUCAAACGAAUCAGAAACUUUGAUUUUUGGAUAAAAGUCCGAUGUACGGUCAAAAAAUUGCUUUAUUCCGGUCGUUGUCUAAGGAACCCUUUUGAGCAAUAACCAUUGAUCCUUUUCAACCUUGUCAAAGCUAAAUUUAACGUAUUUUUUAAUGGCACUAAUUCCAUUAUAUACUGAAGGGCAUUUAAACUAAGCUUGCAACUUUAUUAAAGACUUAAAUUGACCCAUUAACCGUGAUUAAAAAACAUAAACGUUCUUAGCCUUACAGCCUCAGAAAUUCAGCAGUAAAUCGAAAUUAUCCAUAAUGCAGGCAAAUAUGUAGUGGCUUUGUCGUGUGUUCAGUUGUGCGGGUAAAUCAUGCAUAGCAUAGUCAAGGAAUAAAUUGAAUAUUACAGCUGUUUUCUCACUUUUCAUGAGGUUAUGUGCUGUUGUUAGAUAGCUACUGUAGGUGUUACCGUAUUCAGAGAUUCUAAAUGUCCCACAGAAAAAAACAGUCACAAAUCCAGCUCAUCCCAAAAAGUGCCAACUUUCCUACUCCAUGAUUUGAUUAAACAAUAAACGACCUUACCUUUUUGUAAACAAGUCCUAUUAACGCCACUUUUAAUUUCAGUCCCCACAGCUCUGUAAGGUAGUCAUAGUGUUGUGUUGUGACAGCUUUUACCACACUCAUUGCACCUAAGAGUGCCACGUAGGAAAGCGCGAACUUCAUGUUUAGUUCUGGCCCAUCGUUUAAAACUUUUAACAAAAACCACAGACAUAAUGGCAGCAGGGAAAAGCUCAGAGACCUGAGAACUUGUAAAGUUAACAUUGUCAUAAUUGAUCUCCAAGGAAUAAUGGCAACCAAUGCUUUCCAUAGACGUGAUUUCUUGUUUCUUAAUUUCCUUUCUUCUAAUUAUCUGAGCCAAUUCUUUUCCGCUUUUCCAACGAGAAAACUUCUCAAUGAGCAAUAAAAGAAACAAUAUCAUAAGCGAUGAUAAUAAUAAUAAUAAUAAUAAUAAUAAUAAUGUUUAUGCAGGAUAAACCUGCCAAUGUAAUAAGCCUUGGUAUCAAAGGAGGUCCUGUUUUUAGUAUACAUCAGUAAAAAUACAAUACAAUGAACGAUUCCUCUGAUUUAAUAUGACGAGGAAGACCGUUAAAUUCCACCGCAUUAGUAAAAUAAAAAGAUCUCCUGGCAACCUCUAGUUUGAAUUUCGGAAUACGAAUGUCACUACAGCAUCUAGUCGAAACCGUUUGUACAGAGGCAUUAAAAUAAAAACAGUCAUUUUUGGAUAAGAUGGUACUGAACCAUCUAGGCAUUUUCUGGUUAACAAGACGAUGUGAAGUUUACGCCCAUUAAUCAAGGGCACUGGACCCAAAGUAGCAUUCAGUGGAGCUCUAUCGAUUGUCUUAUGAUGUAGUUAUCGCUUUAUUCUUCAUCUCAUUCAAUGUGGGUUGCGACGUUCCGAUUGCUUACCCUUAGUUUCCUUUAAACGACGAAGAAGCAAAGUAACAGCAUACAUUCAAAAUGUCGCGAUUCUAGUCGGGUGGAAAUUCACACAAGACAGAUGAGAACUAUUCACUGCCGGUAUAUUCACGAUUAACAACCAGAGCCUUCUUUACGACAAUAUGAAAGUAAAGAACUCUACCUAUCUGUUACUUCUUGAAAUCUAUCUUGGGCGAUUUAGAGGCUUGCACUGGCACCUGUGCGCUGUAUCCAUUUCUACAUACCAAUUUCUUUAAACAGCUUUAAAAUCCAGGAAAAGGAUGGACUUGUUCUUUGCUUUUACUCAUUAACAUCAAAUUUUUUUGGAAUCAUUUUAAAAUGUUUCUUUUUGUAAAUUUUGCAUUGUUUUGUAUGCAGAUAUCUGGUACUCUGGAAUCAGACUGGCGUUAGAGUUCACUGAUGCAGAUACUGAACACAAGCGUGAGGAAUUUAAAAAAAAUUAUUGCCAAGAACCUCUUCAGUUGAAAAACAUAAGAUGAUGAGCAUAGUAUAAAUCUGUGUAAAACUCUUUUUCUGGUUCUCAAGAUUUUACGCGAUUUACCAGGACAUUACUUCUUCCGUGCACAAAACGUAGGGGGUUGCUUUGUCUUCCCGCCGUCUUUGAACGUCUGGAGAAUCAAAACUUGAAUGAUCUUAUCAGCGAUUAUAUUCAACUACACGAGACAAGUAGCUAAGUUUUUAUCAAAAAUAAACUUGUUUUCUAUUUAAGUACAAGAGGCUUGGCUGCGGGGAGGCGGAGCGAGGCACGUUUUGAGUUCCGGUUGUCAAAAGGCCAGUAGUAGAGCUUGCGACCCUGGCUAUCACGCCCACAUAAGCAUUUAAGGUUUUGUGAAGAAACAAUUUAAGACGAGUAAAUUUAUUGACUGUUCAUACGAACAAAGAUGCACCGACUCGAAACACUUUCAGAAGCACCGAUUAUGCUACCACGAGGGGUUUAUUUUAUUUUUACUAAUCUCGUGUAAAAUUCCAUAGAAGUAUGCAAAAAGUGUCUUAUUUCGAUGUAUGCACUGUUUGCUAUCCCUUGUUCACUUGGAAGAGAGUAAAAUAAAGUUUCCCGCCACAAUUUUACGAGCGUUGCAAUUCCUGAGAAAGCGAGAGAAACUUUAAUAUCACCAGUUUUUAUUCGAGCUAUAAUCCUAUUGUAUUUAUUCAUGUUCCAGUGCACUGCAGACACUGCAAAUGGAACCCUUUGCUCCCUGCCCUGAGAGACGCGGUGGAAGCACCCAGUGGUUCCUUAUGACAAACAGUAAAUCAACCGAAUUUUCAAUCUACACCAACAUUUGCUCGCGAUUUUCCGAAGAAGAGAGGAGGUAGUUCCAUCGCUUUGGGCCGUUCUCGUGAUUCAAGGUGCUUCUGAACUUCCUGUCGCUCAACUUCAUGGAAGGGAUGAGACUAAGAGCCUCACUCCAAGUGGACUCUUGUCUCAUGGUAGCCAUAUAGGGAAAGUAUACUUAUACAUUUUCUUUUACAGAGUGAUUUAUUAGUGUGAUUGCCACUCAAUUUAAUCAUGAUUCUUGGGCAAUUUAUUUGAACAAAGUCUGAUAAGGUUGCGGGUUAGAAGUCAAUGGCCUUCGAUAUUUACGUAAAGAAAGGAGUUGCUCAAAAUUAAUGUAAUAAAUCUACCCAAAGGCCUUCAUGAGACUCUGCCCAAAAAUUAGCAUUCAGAUCAAAUGACUUGCAAAAUUCCAGAUGGCUUAAAGCACUGUUUGUCGUAUAUUAUUGUUUAACUGGUCGAAGGGGUGUGAAAUAUUAGUAGACUGAAAGAGCGGUACGUUUUCAACUUAGAUGACAUCCAUACAAAUUCCAUAUCAAACUCAUUGCAUUCCUUUCGGAGAAACUUUCGGGUUUCAGAGACGACAUAGCGUUAAAAACCAAACACUUUGACUAAAAUUAAAUAUAAGAUAUUGAGUCGUCUACAUAAUAUUAUUUUUCAAAAACAUACAAAUAUCAAAUGACCCUCUUCGUAAGCAAAAAACGAACCAAUUUUAUGCCAUUGUUUCAUGAGAGUUUAAUUACAAAGGAAAUUGUAUCGAAAAGACAUCGUGAUUCAAUGGGGCACCUAAGGGGUAGCAUUUAAAUGUUUUUUAGCAAGUCUAGCACAUCUGCAGGAGGUUAUAGUGAACUGAACUAGAACAAGUUGGAUUUUUAUGUUUCUACAUGGAAAUGUUUAUGAACAUAAUAUGUCAACGUGUAAUCACUUGGGAGUAGAUGAACAUAUUGUAAACACUACUAAAAACCAUUCCCUGCCAAAAAGAUGUUAUUUUAGUACAUGAACCAGAAACGAAGAACUUGUCAUGCAUUAGUACCACAGUGAAAUGCGAUCCAGUCUUCCAGCUUAUGUCAGAUUAUCAAUAAAUCUCUGAAAUGUUUAUCGUUGAGACUCCACAAAGAUGCUAUACUGUUUGUGUGUUCGUUUGUUUCUUUCAUUUUGUUGUUGUUGUUUUUACAUAUAUAUAACUCCUGAGCAGAUAGUGCUCUUUAAUACAUUUUUGGAGGAUCUAUCUGAACACGAGUCUUUGAUUUCAUAGAUCUGUAUUGUCGGCUCGAAACGAGUAGUUGCAUGGUGUCUGUACCAAAAACUAAGCCGACCCAUGAGCUAACCCUCAUUGUUUGAAAAAAAGUAAGUAACUUUAAUAGUGAUGUACAGUUAACGACAAAAGUCCAUGUUGCUCUGCUUUUGUUUGGUAACAUUUCAAAGAUGGCUUUAAAAUGUGGUAGGUACAAAAAAAGUGGCCCAUGAGGCGUAGAACAGUGUGUUGCAGAUGUUAUUACUACAUUGUGACGUCCUCCAUGAUCUAUUAUACAAACAUACGGCAACAUGGAAUCUGUUUGUCUUAUAUGGUAAAAAUGCAAAAAGUUGUCAAUGGUGACGUUUUUCAUGCGUCUGUCCUCAGGGAAAUGAUAAUUAAGUACCAAUCAAAGUCUGUGCAUAAUUCAGCUAAUGAUAAAUGUCGAGAGAAUAUCAAAAUUUAUACCAGUUGUCAUUUUGAUUGAUUCUUGCAGGAAGGAGAUGUCCAUCUUACGUUUAAAAGCUGUUAUUGUCACCAUCCUAAUUUUCCUUUUACCUCACCACACUCCCAAUGGCCUUCUUACCUCGGUAAUAACACUUGCUUUUACAGGGAAACAGCUAUCGCCCUUCGCAGUAUUUACACUGCUAUUGGGUUUAACAUUAAUCAGGGAGACAUUUUGCUACAAUUUGAGUAUGUCUGUGCAGUCAGUGGCAGAUGCUAAAGAAGCACUGGAUCGACUACAGAUAUUUCUUGAGAUACGUGGAUCAAGACGCGUUGUGAAAGCUGGAGGAGUCUGAGAAAAAAAGUAAUCGCUCUUUCACGUAUCAAGUAGCCACCAAAAAACGUAUACAAUCCGGGGUUGUUAAUUUUGUAAAUUACAAGAAACUAAACAAUUUCCCUGUAGAGAAUGCUCUUAUAAACACUUCGCUCCCAAUCAUCGAAAGCAACUUCUAUGUCGUUUCUGAGGUGCCAGAAGAUAGUAACGUUUACGGGAUCGCUUCUGGAUCUGCAGAAGGGCAUCGAGAAAAUGUGUCUAGCUUGAAACAGGCGGAUGUCUUCAUGGCUGAGGUAUCGUGUUCUUGGAGCCAAGAUCAUCUUUCGAACACUUUGAAAAGUGUUACUCUGAAAUUCACAAGCGGUGAUAUUCUAACGACGACAGGAGAAGUUGGAGGUGGAAAGUCCACCCUAUUAUUUGCCAUCCUAGGAGAGCUGCCGUUAAGUGGCUUAUGCUCCUCAAAUACCUUGGGUAUUCUCUGGGACCAUGAGAGAGAAUAUUUUGUUUGGGCUUCCAUUUGA